AUGCCGGAGAACCAUUUCGACCUUUACUUCCUUGGCUUUGAUGUCAAGGGGCAAUCAUCUUCAGCUGGGAAGAUACGAUCUGAUCGCCAAGGUCUUCUAGAGUUGACCCACAACUAUGGAACGGAGCUCGAUGAGGGUUACACGAUUUCCAAUGGCAACCAGGAGCCAAACUUGGGACUCAAACAUCUUGGGAUUACAGUGGGUGAUCUUGAGCAAACAGUCGCCCAGCUGGCUUGCGUUCCAGUCACUGAGCAGGGUGAGAUUGCUGGGAGCAACGAAGUUCAGAGUGUUAUUGUCCAGGAUCCUGACGGAUACUGUAUCGAAGUAACCUCUUCGGCUGCCGAACCCAGCAACUUUUCCGCCGGUGUCGAAAACAGGUGCUUCAACUCAACAGGACUGCGCAUCAAGGAUCCGACCGUAUCUCUGCCGUGGUACACAGACAUUCUUGGUAUGAGCCUUCUCCUACGAUCCGAUAAACAAGGUCAAACCACGUACUGGCUGGGCUACCUCGACGGUGGCUCCAAUCGCAGCAUUCACCAGAGAGAAGGGCUUGUGAAGCUCAUAUGGACUCAUGGUUCCGAGUUGGAAUUAGGCAAGGUAUAUCACAAUGGGAAUGAUCAGCCGCAAGGGUUUGGCCAUCUCGCACUGGCGGUCGACGACAUUACGGCCGCGUGCGAAUAUCUCGAAAGUAGAAAGGUGAAAUGGAAGAAGCGCCUAACGGAUGGAAAACUCAAGUCGAUUGCUUUCAUCAUCGAUCCGGAUGAAUAUUGGAUCGAGAUCAUUCAGAAUGUGAGGAUCAAGGAGCCGCUGGGCAUUCAAUAA